UCCCCUGCGCGGCCCGGCCGCACUCUUGCCCCUUCCCAGCCGCCUGAGGUCAGGGGAGGGCGGAGCUGACGACGGCGCACCGCCGGGCACCGGACAGUCUGGAAGAUGAACAGACCUGCCACUCCCCACUGAUUGCAGCAAUGGCGUUCACGGAUAGAGUUAACAGCAGUGGCGGCAGCUUGUACAAUGAAGACAGAAACCUGCUUCGAAUUAGAGAGAAGGAGAGGCGCAAUCAGGAAGCUCACCAAGAGAAAGAGCCACUUCCGGAAAAGAUUCCUCUUUUUGGGGAGCCUUACAAGACAGCAAAAGGUGAUGAGCUCUCCAGUCGUAUACAGAACAUGUUAGGAAACUAUGAAGAAAUGCAGGAGUUCCAUAGUAGCAAGCCCCAAUCCCAGCCCUUGGACACUUCUGGGAACAGGUUGGAAAGGCCAAGAUAUCCUUUCUUUCCUGACAAGGGGAGCAGCAUUCCAUCUAACUCCUUCCAAACUGCCGUCCCCCACCAGCCCAUUCACACUCCCGCCUCUGGACCACUUCCUGUUGGUAACAUUAACCACAAUCCAAAGAUGGCACAGCCAAGAAUGGAACCAAUGACAAGUGUCCAUGCCAGAAGUUACGGCUCACUGGACAGUCAGCACCUGACCCAGGAUCGCCCUGGUCAGGAAGGGUACAGCUCCAGUCAUCACAAAAAAGGGGACCGCAGGACUGAUGGAGAACGUUGUGCUUUGAUGAUGGCCUCGGCUGCAGGGAAGGAGCUUUCUCCCUUAAUCUCUUUGCCAUCUCCAGUCCCCCCUUUGUCACCUCUACAUUCCAACCAGCAGAGUCUUCCCAGGACACAAGGAAGCAACAAGGUUCAUAGCAGUAACAACAGCAAAGGCUACUGCCUGGCCAAAUCUCCCAAGGACCCAGCAGUGAAAGUCCAUGAAAAAGAGACCCCUCAGGACAGCUUGGUGGCAGUGGCCAGCCUUGGGAUAGCCCCUCCCCAGCCACCUUCUCAGACAUUUCCACCCUCCUCCCUCCCCUCAAAAACCAUUGCCAUGCAACAGAAGCCUACGGCUUAUGUCCGGCCCAUGGAUGGUCAAGACCAGGCCCCCAGUGAGUCUCCUGAACUGAAACCACUGCCGGAGGACUACCGACAGCAGACCUUUGAAAAAACGGACUUAAAAGUGCCUGCCAAAGUAAAACUCACCAAGCUGAAGAUGCCUUCUCAGUCAGUUGAGCAGACCUACUCCAAUGAAGCCCAUUGUGUUGAAGAGAUUCUGAAGGAAAUGACCCAUUCAUGGCCUCCUCCUUUGACAGCAAUACAUACGCCUAGUACAGCUGAGCCAUCCAAAUUUCCUUUCCCCACAAAGGAUUCUCAGCACAUUGCUUCUGCAACCCAAAACCAAAAACAAUAUGAGACAUCUUCAAAAACCCACCCUACUUCUCAGCAGGGGACGUCCAUGCUUGAAGAUGACCUUCAGCUCAGCGACAGUGAGGACAGCGACAGUGAACAAACCCCAGAGAAGCCGCCUUCCUCAGCCGCACCUCCAAGUGCUCCCCAGUCGCUUCCACAGCCAGUGGCAUCAGCACAUUCCAGUAGUGCCGAGUCAGAGAGCACCAGUGACUCAGACAGCUCCUCAGACUCGGAGAGUGAGAGCAGUUCCAGUGACAGCGAAGAGAAUGAGCCCCGGGAAACCCCGGCUCCAGAGCCAGAGCCUCCAACAACCAACAAAUGGCAGUUGGACAACUGGUUGACCAAAGUGAGCCAGCCAGCAGCGCUCCCUGAAGGCCUCGGGCGCUCGGAGCCUGUGCGCCGACACCAGGAGGGCAAGGGCAGCAGUGACAGCAGCACAACAGGGCAGGAGCAUGCUGACCCCAAAGAUCCAACCCCCAAAAACUCCAGCAAAGCCCCCCGGAUCCCUCCCGAAGGCUCCCACUCUGGAAAGAGAAGCUGCCAGAAGUCACCUGCACCCCAGGAACCUUUGCUGCGGCAAACCCUUGGAACCAAACAACCCAAAAAGCCCGCCAAAGUUGCUGGCCAGGCCCACUCGCAGGCUGGCCUGCAGGUGGAAAGCGAGCCAGGACGGGCCCUGGACUCUGUGCAGCAGGCCUCCAAGGACAAGCCUAAAGUGAAGACGAAAGGAAGGCCACGCUCUGGGACUGGCCGAGAGUCCAAGCCUGCUGUUCCCACCCCCGGUGAGCGGAAAAAACACAAGAGCCCCCCGCCACCGGCCCCCUGCAAGGCGCCUGCGGGCCGGGAACCCACAAAGGAACACGCAGAGGCCCGGAGCCCCGAACCCUUGGCUCUUGUUCCCUUGGCACAGAGCCAAGGUGUGCCCCCCAGCGGCAGCGGUGCCAGGACUAGUGGCUGCCGGCAGGCGGUGGUCGUCCAGGAGGACGGCCGCAGAGACAAACUCCCGGUGCCUUUGAGAGACACCAAGUUGCUCUCGCCGCUCAGGGACCCUCCUCCCCCACAAAGCCUGAUGGUGAAGAUCACCUUGGACCUUCUUACACGUAUACCCCACCCGCCUGGCAAGGGCAGCCGCCAAAAGAAACCCGAGGACAAACAGCUGCCCGCUGGGAGGAAGCAAGACUCGGAGAAGAAAAGCUCUGACCCCUCUUGCAAGUUGGCCAAAAAGAGGAAGGGCGAAGCAGAAAAAGACUAUGAUAACAAGAGAAUCAGACUGGAGAAAGAAGUCAAAUCCCAGUCCUCUUCAUCCUCAUCCUCCCACAAAGAAUCUUCUAAAACAAAGAUACCCAGGCCCUCCUCAGAGCCCUCAAAGAAGGAGAUGCCUCCCCCUCCACCUGUGUCCUCGUCCUCCUCCUCCUCCUCCUCCUCCUCCUCCCAGAAGCCAACGAAGCCUGCACACAAGAGGUCCAGGCAGGAAGCAGACAGCUGUGGCUCAGACCCUCACAAAAGUGCCAGUAGUACCAAGAGCAGCCAUAAAGACUCUUCCGUCGUCACGCACAGAAAAGUACCGGGGAAGGGCUGUGGAAGCUCUGCGGAGCACAAGGGAACUUCUGGGGAUGCUGCAAAUCCUUUCCCCGUGCCUUCUUUGCCAAAUGGUAACUCUAAACCAGGGAGGCCUCAAGUGAAGCGCAACAGACAACAAGCUGAUUUUCACAUGAAGGAAGCCAAAAAGUUGAAGGACAAAGCAGAGACAAUGACUGACAAGGUUGGGAAAGCUUUCAAGUACCUGGAAGCGGUCUUGUCCUUCAUUGAGUGUGGGAUAGCCAUGGAGUCGGAGAGCCCGGCGUGCAAGGCCGCCUAUGCCGUCUACUCCGACACCGCAGAGCUCCUCAAGUCCAUAAUGUCAUUAAAAUCCUUUUCAAGUGCCACAACCCAAGAAAAAAUAUUUGCUGUUUUGUGCAUGCGUUGCCAGUCCAUUUUGAAUAUGGCAAUGUUCCGGUGUAAAAAAGACACAGCAAUAAAGUAUUCCCGUACUCUCAGCGAACACUUUUGCAUCGGUUCCUCCAAAGUUGCCCAGGCACCUUCUCCCUGCAUCGCAAGAAGCACGGGCACACCAUCCCCUCUUUCCCCAAUGCCUUCUCCUGCUAGCUGUCUCGGGUCCCAGUCAGGUGCUGGCAGUGUGGGGAGCAGUGGGAUGACUGCCACCGUCAGCACCCCAGUCACCAUCCAGAACAUGACAUCGUCCUAUGUCAGUAUCACAUCCCACAUUCUCACCGCCUUUGAUCUUUGGGAACAGGCUGAGGCCCUGGCAAGGAGGAAUAAAGAAUUUUUUGCUCAGCUCAGCACAAAUGUGGGCACCUUGGCCCUCAACAGCAGUUUGGUGGAUUUGGUGCACUAUACAAGACAGGGUUUUCAGCGGCUCAAACAAUUAACCAGAACACCUUAAUGGAGGCCCAAGUUGACUCAACGCCUCGGAAACUUAUUUGCACAGUGGAAGCCUCACAUCCAGUCUGGACAUCUGGCUCAUCAGGACGCCGAACUUAAAGCACCGUGACAUGGCCGGGACAUUUGUCCACGUAACCUCUCAAGACCUGUGUGAUCAUUAGUGGGACACAGUGGUUCUGCAGAAGCAGAGAGAGGAGGGCUGUCGGCCACAGAGAUGAUAUUGCCUUUCCUAACUGAAGGACAGACGUGCAAUGUAGCCGAUUGGGCGUAGGAAUGGUCUGGAGACAUUUCUGUGUGUGUGUGUGUUUUUUAAAAAACCAGCAGGAUGCAAGUUGCAAGUGAAUCGAGGAGAAGCAGUUUCAACUCUGAAAGCAAAUCCCGUCAUCUCAGUAGCCUCACUAGUCCAUUCCCAGAAGGAAAUUUUUUUUUAAACAAUGAAUUUUGGUGAAGGGCUUUGUGGAUGAUUUUUUUUUAAACGUUUUUGGGGAAAUAUUUGUUUAAUACAUUCUAAUUGCCAUCUGUAAACCAUAAUGUUGUGAAGGACUCCACUCUGCCCCUCUUUCUGCCAAUGAACGGUGGUUUUGAUAAUACCAAGUAUUGUCCUAAUUUAUAAAACUGAAGGCGGCCCCCCGCCCCAUGGCCUUUAGUCCCGCACGUUCACCACCAGUUGUGCUGCUUGUCAGCUGAGGUCACUGCUGUGGAGGGGGAGCCAUCACAGGAUCGACAAAGACUGUGGAGGACCUGGCCCUGCCCCCCUCCCUCCGGUGCAAGGGGCUGGCUAGCAAGGCGGUUGGCAUUGGCCUUCCUCUGAAUUUCCAACCUUGGCAAAGAAGGGAAUCAACACCGAUAUCCGACCAGAUGGCGGAAGUGCUUUUGUGUUUAAAUAGAGCUGGAAUUAGGUGCUGUGUGUGGUCUGCAGUAAAUGUGGUAACUCUAAUGUGUCUAACCAACUCAGAGUUUUGUUAGUGAACAAAGAAAAAUGAAAUCUACUUCUUAGAGAGGCUAUAUUUUUCUGCUACAAAUUAUUUUAUAUUUAUAGCAAAACCAGACCUUCCAAUCCCUUUACUGUCUAGGAAAAUUAACUCCCUGAGAGGAUAUGGAGAUUUGGGGAUUAAUUGGACUUUUAAAAAAUUGUCACCACAUGCCUUCACUCCAGUGUUCUUGGUGAACUCAAUUUGAUUAUGUUCAAGAGGAACUGUGGCCUUCCCAGAAGCUAUUGUCAUACUAUGUGUGUUAAACCUAGUUCAUUCUGAAUGGCAUGGGCUGAAAGAACACAACUAGAAUUUCCUCAUGCCCAUAAGCACAGGUUUUCUUUUUCAUUGAAACUUUGAAGGUUGUUAUUUUGAGUGCAUUUAUCUGAAAGCCAAAUCUUUUUAUCCCUUCUAGAAAGAGGUAGAAUUUGCACAUGUAUUAAAACUGAGGAGUGUGUGUUAUGUAACUGGUUAACUCUCCACCCCAUUCUGACUCUCUUCAUGUUGUUUCCUACCAAGCAUGUCUCACACUUGGGUAUUUAUUUAUUGUGAAGAAGGGAGAACCGUUUGCAUUUAUACUGAAGACUCCGAAGGUUCCUGUGGUGAAUGUAAGAACUUGAUUGGUAGUUUGUGGUAGUUUGGUGACUGCACAAAGGGACAUGCAGAGGACGGGGCAGUGUGUGUCUGUCACAGUGUGAACUGCUGGUGUGGAUGGAGCUCUUCCUUCGGUCUCUUCUCCGGCCUGUCUUUGCUGACGUGGUAGCUGAGGCAAGACCUCGCUAUGUGACCCUGACUGGCUCAUUUCAUUUACUGAUGCUGUAAAGCACAGCCAUGUUCCUUUUCAGUGUAUUGGUUUAAACAGACAAUCUGUUGUCCAAAGAACAAUAGUUGCCUGGCAGGUUACGUGCUUAUAGCGUUGUGCAGUCACCUCUACAUGUAGGGGACAGGCACCAGAAUCGGGUGUAUGUGAUGAUUCUAACAUCUUUCUUUCCUCCUCCUCCUCCUGGGCUGUCCCCUCCCCUGUGACCUCUGCCACUCCUGGAAACAAGCACCUGUCAGCUGUGACGGCUUAGGUGGCUUCCUUAGGUCCUCAUCUCUGCAGAUCACGCCAGAGCCACGUUCCAGCAGCCACAGUGCCACCCGCCGAAGCUAUCUUCAAGUAGAUUUCUUAGCCAGUUCUAAAAGAACAAAUUGCUUUUCCAGUGGCCUUUUUCUGAACUCUGUAUUCAAUUUUUGUCCCUUUACACUCUUAACAUUUACAUAGAGCAUCAGUUUGUACUCUUCUGGUCAUUGGACGUUUCUUACUCUUACUGCCACACUUUACCUAAGAACAAGUUCCCCAGUGGCUACCUGUAAAGUGCGUCUGCAAGAGGUUGUGGCUGAUGAGUCCUUUUCGUUCAUGGGUCUUUUCCCCCUGCUACACUUGUGUAUAGAAUUCGUAAGGACUUUUUAAAUCAUUUGCAUUUUUCCACUUCACGCUUACAAGUUCCAAAGGCACAGUUUGUACUGAGGUAGACGAUUUGAAAGGAUUAGAAAAUAAAAUGAAACCUUGGAACACAUGAACAUCUUGUCACAGUAGUAACAGUGCACAUUUCAGAGUGAGACAAAACACAAAACAUCUCAAGGAAUAAACACGGUGUACAUCUCCCCACUAGCACUACAGCAGUGUGUGUGUGUGUGUGUGUGUCCUCAAGAGGAGAUGGAAGAAUGCCGCUUGACUCUCUUCUAUCCUUUCUGAAGAUUUUUAAAAUGUGAAUGUGUGAAUGUAAGAGCCCUGCUAAGUUAUAGGCUCACCGCACGACCCUGGGUGAAGAGGCUACAGACCAGGCCAUGUGUUGGUGCAGUCGGGGGCCCAGGAUGCAGCUGGCAGGAGUGAAUCGGCACAGCAGAGCUUGACCUCCUGGUAUGAUGACUGGAUCAUAAGACCAAGUGGGCAAAGCAAGCAAAUGAUUUUUUUUUUUUUAAGCAAAAAGUUUAUGGAUUCUUUUAGCCAAAAUGUAUAGAUAUUUCUCCUAGACAAAUUGGACCACACCUCGUUCCCUUGUUCUGUAUUGUUUAACGCCAGAUCUCAGGAUGUUUAGAUGCUAACAAACUCUACCCCUUUCUGGCACAAGCUUGCCUUAAAUUGGUAUCUUAUAUAUUAACCAUAGUAAGGUCAGGAGCUUACUAUUUUUAUUAUUAUUCUUGUUAAGUAACUUUUGGAAAGAAAAAAACCAUUUUGUCCUCCGCAAUGAACAAAAUUUGUUUCAGAUAUAUAAGUAUACACACACACACACACACACAUGCAUCUAGAGAUCGAAUUGGGUCUAUUCUUCACACCUUUGUUAAGCAAACCCAGUUUUAAAAUUGUCCAUGUGUGUUUUGCCAUGGCUUCAGUAGGUAUGACGUGGGCCUUUACACCUUCUCUUCUGUUUUAUGAAGUUCUCAGUACAUUUGUGCAUCUCGUGGUAAAUGAAAUAAGGUUUGAGGUUGGACUUUUUUUUUUUAAUGUACUUAAAAAUAUCUCCCUGCCUCCUACCACAGAUUCUCGCUCCUUUUUUCUUAGUGAUUUUCUCAGACACUACAAAACAUCUUUGAAAAACAUUGCCACUUCAUCUGUCACACUCUUUACCAGUAACUAGCAGUAUUUAAUUCUUGAAUGAAUAUUUGGACUUCUUUGAGGGAACACAGAGUUACAGAUUUGAGUGUGGGGACGGACGUUCGUUCCCAUUGCAGCUGUAGGGGAGGCCGGGAUCCGGAACACAGGACUUAUGCUUUGUCUUCCUUUCUCUGGCAGUUGCCUCUCUUGCUUUUAGUCCCAUUUAAAGUGAGUGGAUGGGAGGUAUUUUCCCCUGUCUGUCUUGUUUUGUUUUCUUUUUGGCUCAUCUUGCUGCGGGGAGGUGCGAUGGCCGAACACAGUGAUGUUGGAGAGUAUCUUUCCAACAUGGCAGGUGGUAUUUCUGUGGUGUGAAUCUCAAGUAUGCAGUCCAGAUGUGUUUGUUUCUUGGCAACAGAAUACCCAUCUCUUCAUGAAUUGUGAACACUGAGCAUGUUUUUUAGUUCUGAUUUAUGAUGAGCUGACAAACACCAUCUACCACUAUCCUUUAGGCGGCUGUCAGUUUCUCCUUGUUUUCCGGGAAGCCACAUUGCACAUCAGACAUCAGUAGGUACCGGUAUGGGUAGAGAAGCGCUCAUACUUCUCUGCCUAAGAGGGAGCCCAAGAGGGCAGGAAGAAAACCCUGUAGCUCGUCAAUGUCUGUUGAGACGCUGGCCUGGGAGAACAAGGGGAGAAGACCCCUGACAGGCUGGCCAAGCUGCCCUGCACUGCAGGCCGUGGCUGACCUAAGCCCGAGAACUCGCUUUGCAUAGAGUAGAUGCUGAAGUGAUGCUCAGCACAGGCAGUAUUAACGUUGCUUUUUGUUCCGGCCAUCAGCGUGUGUUGUUAAAAUUUCUGUCCAUCCUCCCUCAGAUACCAAGUAUACACUGUUUGUGCUGGGGCGUGUGUGUAUGUGUACGUGUGUCUCCCAAAUCUUGGUGUGUCUUUUUUCCCUUUUUUUUUUUUUUUUUUUCUGAAUGUGAUCAUGUUUUGGAUGAUACCUGAGCAGGGUUGCCUUUUUUUAUUUAUUACCAUUAUAUAUUAUAUUAUAUUAUAUAUUUUUGCUUUCUUAUAACAUUAGAGGAAAGUUAAAUCUUCAUAUUAAUAAAAUUGUUUAAAAAAGGAAUAAAUUGUCCAGUUGCUAAAUGAAAGUCACUGGUAUAUCUUUAAUGAGUUUUCUUUAAUGACUGUGGAGUACUGUGCCAGCUAUCGUCAACACAAUGAUUUUGUACGUAGGAUAGGGAAGCAGUAAUGCUCUCAACAGGAAGAUGUGCGAGGCAAAUUAAUGGGGGGGGACUCCCUGCAUUUUAUCUACUUCAGCAAUGAAACUGCAACUUGGGGCUUUUGUGAAUAAAACUUAGCUGCCUUGUGUAGUCCUUUGAAAGAGACAUACACGAUCUGUGAGAAAAUUACAGCUUUUUGUAGAAGAAAAAUUUGCAAAAGAUCUUUCCAAAGAUGAUGUGCCACAAUCUUUGGUUUGUUGUUCUCUGUAAUGAGGAUUAAAUGCUGUUUAAACAAAGAAUUCACUUGUUCAUCUUGGAAUUCUCCCUUUCCACAAAAGGAUCGAGCUGCAUAAAAAAAUAAUAAAGGUUUAGAGAAAUCA